CCCGGUCACCGGGAAGCUCGGCUGUCAUCUGUCCCACAGCAAAGAUGGCAGCGAACAAGUCGUUCACUAUAGUCGAAUAUUUCGGCGGGGACGACGGCUACCGCUGCGGUUACUGUAAAAAUGAAAAGGGAAACUUUUCUCAUGGGAUGUGGUCUCACACCAUGACGGUGCAAGACUAUCAAGACCUCAUAGAUCGAGGCUGGAGGAGAAGUGGGAAAUAUGUGUAUAAGCCCAUAAUGAACAAGACGUGCUGUCCACAGUAUACCAUCAGAUGUCAUGCACUGAAAUUUCAGCCUUCCAAAUCCCACAAGAAAAGCCUGAAGAAGAUGAACAAAUUCAUUUCCAAUGGAGAAUUACCAAAAGGACAGGAUGAUGCUGAGCCAAUGGAUUCUGUGUGUGAAGAAGCUCGUCCACAGGAACCAAGUAUAGCCUGCCACGCAGAAGUGAAGUGUGCGGCCAUUACAGACAUUCAGAAGGAAGUCUCAGAGUGUCCCACUGUCACUGAAGUUCAGAAGGAGGCAGCGGAUGCUGCACCUUCAGGCCCAGAAACCACAAAGAAUGAUCUAAUGUCUGCUGGGGAUGGAAGAACAGCUACAUCAACUAAAGCAGUAAUGGGAGCUGAUCCCAGCCGGCCGCCGUGUCGUAAGGCCAAGGAGCUGAGGAAGGAGCGACGUCUUCAGAAAGAACAGAUGAGACAAAACACUGAUGGGGUCUCUUCCAUUGUCUCUUCUACCCCACCCACUCCCACUCCUGCAAGCAAAACUAAAACCCUAGAAGAUUUCAUCGAUGAGUCAUUGCCUGACAAGUCUUCUCAUUGCCUUGAGGUGAGGCUAGUGCGCUCCAAUCCCCCUUGCCCGCAGUUCAAAGCCUCUUUCGACGCCUCCUACCAGGUGUACAAACUCUACCAGAUGGCCAUUCACAAGGACCCUCCUGACAAACCCUCCGAGAGCCAGGUGAGGCUAGUGCCGGUCAGCUUUGAGGACCCUCAAUUCGCAGCAUCCUAUGAGCAGUCGGUGGCACUGUACGCCUGCUACCAGAUGGCCAUUCACGGCGAUGACCCCAGCGACUGUAGUGAGAGCCAGUUCCGGAGAUUUCUAUGUGAUUCACCACUAGAGGCAGAGUACUCUCCUGAUGGGCCUGAGGUUGGCUACGGCUCCUUCCACCAGCAAUACUGGCUGGACGGACGCCUUGUGGCUGUGGGGGUGAUUGAUAUCUUGCCCACCUGCGUGUCCUCUGUGUACCUGUACUACCACCCAGACUCUGCCUCACUGUCUCUGGGCUCCUACUCUGCUCUCAGGGAGAUUGCUUUCACUCGGCAGCUGCAGAAACAGUCCCCCAAGCUGUCCUACUACUACCUGGGCUUCUACAUACACUCCUGUCCCAAGAUGCGUUAUAAGGGUCAGUACCGACCAGCAGAACUCCUGUGCCCAGAGACCUUUGCCUGGGUAGCAAUAGAGCGAUGCAUCCUGCAGCUGGAGAACACCCACUACGCUCGUUUCAACCAGGAUCCAGAUGCAGGAGACGCCCGGGCGCUGAAGGACGUGGGCAGAGCGAUGGUGCUGUACCGACGGGCCGUCAUGCCUUACGCCGCCUACUCCCGCAAACGCAAAGGCUCCAGCGACGAGACGGAGGUGCAGCAGUACGCCGGCCUGCUCGGCCAAGACUCUGCCGAAAGGAUCUUACUCUACCGUGCUUAGACGUACAGCCUCACACCUCGGCACCUUUUAAACACAGGCGAAUACACUUCUCCCAGCAAUAUCUGUCUGUCUGUUUCUGUUACUGUUUGUGUGUCUUUGUUGCUGUGUGACUGUGUGUUUGUCUUUGUUAUUGUCUGACUGUGUGUGUACUGUCUGUGAAAGUGCUUUUUGCCGCCAUUGUAGUUCACCAUGCUUUGCUCUACACAGGCUGGAACCAUGCAGUAACUACUGUAUGUAUAUAGCCACUCACUCAUUGGCCUCAUAUAUUAGCGUUGUCUCAUUUACAUUUAUUUUGUGAGUUGAUUUUUAGUAAAUGAUUUCUGCAGCAUUCAUUUUCAGUUAAGCUCUUGUUCAAUCCUUUUCUUUGAUUUUUACCUCGUACCUAGUGUAUAUUUUAAUAUCAUGUUUUCAUCACUUUGACCUUUUGCACCAUCCUCGACCUGUUGCUGGUGGAACAUGCAGCCACACACAGGGGAGAGCUCUCCUGAACAGAUAUGGGUUUGAUGUCAGCAUUGCCACAAUGAAUGUCCAGUGAUUUUGAAGGUGGCUCUCAGUUGCUCACUCUGCAUCGGAAAAUCAUCAAGCUGAUGCAAACUACACCAAGAAAUAAAGAUUUUUAUGUAAAGCAAAGAAGUCACCAUUUCAAUGUUGAUGUCUGUUACAUUUAUAGCUUUCUUGGCUUUUCAUUUAAAAUUGAAUCUGUUACUUUUGAUUAAACCAAAUAAAGGGGUUGCAUAUUC